AUGUCCUAUUUACAACAAUAUAUUAGGGCUACUGAUGGCCUUGUACGUUUCGAUGCAGAACUCGAUGAGUCAAAUAUUUCUGCAUCUUCUAUUUAUUCCCUGGAAGUGCAUCGCGACGAAAUGAAAUCUAUUUGGGAAGGUGUUAAAAAUAUUUACCAGAAGUGUCUUGAAGAGCUUAAUAAAAGAAAAUCAACUGAAGAUCCAUCCAAAUCACCCACAGCUGAUGAAGAAACUAUUUCUUCUCGCCAUCAGACUGCAUACACAACGUAUGUUAGGUUCAUUUCCCGUAUAAACUCUCGAAUUCAAGAAGUUAAUGUUUCUAGACAAGAAUCCCAGCCCGUGCGUAAUAUUGCCUCUGAGCCAAUGUCAGCCCAUUAUAUGAAUCUUCCUCCUUGCGAUACAGAUGUCUUUAAGGGAGACUAUGAGUCUUGGCCCACAUUCAGAGAUUUAUUUACGGCUCUAUAUAUGAAUAAUCCUCGACUCUCUAAGGUCCAAAAACUGUUUUAUUUAAAUAGAAAUACUAGUGGCGAAGCCAAAGAUAUUGUAAAGAAAUAUCCACCAACAAACGAAGGAUUUGAAUUAGCUUGGCAAGGGCUUAAAGAACGUUUUGAAAAUAAGAGAAUGCUAGUCAAUAGUCAACUUCGAUUACUCUUAAAUCUACCUCAAGUUUCUUCAGAAUCAUGCGAGGAAAUAAAGAACUUACAGCGUCAAAUAAAUAGUUGUGUCUCCGCUCUAGAACUUUAUAAAAUUAACAUAGAGAGUUGGGAUUCCAUAUUCGUCUAUAUAUGCUCGACUCGUCUUCCAGAAACAACUCUAUCCCUUUGGGAACAAUCCUUGACUAAUAGAACUGAAAUUCCAAAAUGGUCUCUAAUGAAUGAUUUCUUAACGAAUCGCUUCCAAACUCUUGAAACAGUAUCUGAUGUUAAAGGCCUUCAUAUAGGUAGGGAAAAUACUAGAAAAAUUAAGAAUAACCACAUUAACGUUUCUCCUCAUGAAAUUGCUCCAUGUCGUCUCUGCCUUACUAGUCAACACACCAUUCGAUAUUGCCCUAAAUUUCUUCAAAUGAACUACGAUGAACGAUUUGCUUGUGUUAAACAAUUAGAUUUGUGUAUAAAUUGCUUUUCAAAACAGCACCGCAUAAAAGAUUGCACUAGCAGUUUCAACUGUCGUACGUGUCAUAAGAGGCACAAUAGUCUACUUCACAAAGAUACUGAAAAUUAUAACUUGGUCCCAACAACCGCCACUCUUCCUCAGGAAACCUCAGAAACAGCAACUCCUUCAAAUGUGAGAUCAUGCUUUUCGUCAAACUCUAAAUCAGUACUUCUCGCAACUGCCAUGACUCAGAUUCAUCAUAAUGGAGUACAAUUUCCAGCUAAAGCGUUAUUCGACUCUGGUUCCGAAGGAACUUUCAUUUCCGAACGUUUGUUUAAACGUAUUGGUCUUCCUUUCCGAUCUGUUAGCGCUGAAAUUAGUGGUUUAAAUGGUACAAUAUCGGGAAGGUCAAGCAAAUUGUGUACAAUUGUACUAAGUUCCAAUGGUUAUAGCGACAGUAAGAUCGAAGUAGAAGCUCUUGUUCUUAAAGAACUUUCAGGAAAUCUUCCUAGUAGUUACGUUGACCCAAAUAUUAUUUCCAAAAUCCCUAAAUUAACUCUGGCUGAUCCCAAAUUUUAUGAACAUUCGCAAAUAGACAUACUGAUUGGAGAAGAUGUGAUUGACAAGUUUGAAUUAGGUGGAUUCCAAAAAAAUAUCUUCGGACGUUUAAAAGCGAAAGAGACUAUUUUUGGGUGGGUAAUAUCGGGAAAUUUGGAACAAGCUUCUUUGCCUUCGACUCGUAUUAUUACAUGUGUUUCUAAAAUUUCACUGGAAAAACAGCUAAUGCGUUUUUGGGAGGUGGAGGAUGUUCCUCAAAAACCAAUCCUUUCCCAGGCUGAUCAAUUUUGUGAACGUUUUUAUGUCCAGACAACACACCGUCAUGAGAACGGACGUUAUAUAGUAUCUCUUCCAUUUAAAGAAUCUAUGUCGAAUAAUAAGCAAGGUUUGGGAAAGUCUAGAAGUAUUGCCAUGUCUCAAUUUCUUCGCAAUGAACAACGGCUCUAUAAAAAUCCAGCACAUAAGUCUAUUUAUGAUUCAGUUGUACUAGAGUAUCUAGAACUUGGGCACAUGGAAAAGAUAUCUCCUCCUUUAGGUGUUAAUGGUUUUGAGAAUUACUAUCUUCCACAUCACGCUGUCAUUAAACCAGAGAGUUCCACUACUAAGGUUAGGGUUGUGUUUAAUGCCUCAUGUCCAACUUCCAAUGGAAUUUCGUUGAAUGAUAUGUUACACUCUGGUCCAGUACUUCAAAAUGAUCUUAUAAUUCUUUUACUACAAUGGAGAUUUCAUCGAUAUGUCUUUAACAGCGACAUUGAAAAGAUGUAUCGACAAAUACUUGUCAAUGAAAAUGAUAGGCCGUUUCAAAGAAUUAUUUUUCGAAGUUCAAUUAGCGAUGAAAUUCAGGAUUAUGAACUGAAGACAGUGACCUUUGGAGUCAACUGUGCACCGUAUCUUGCCAUUCGAACGUUAAUCCAAUUGGCAUCUGAUGUUAAAAAUAGUCAUCCUCUAGCUAGUGAUAUACUAAAAAACUGUAUGUAUGUCGAUGACGCUCUUUAUGGAGCUCCUGAUAUUCCCACAGCAAUUCAGGCCAGGGACCAGUUAAUCGAAGCUCUUAAUGUGGCAGGAUUUAACCUUCGUAAAUGGACAUCAAAUUCUCCCGAAGUUCUUGAAGGUAUUCCAAAAGCUGAUCUUUUACAAGAAGACUUUUGUAUAUUUGAAGAUACUAGUAAUGCUAAAACGUUAGGUGUAAGAUGGAACGCGAAAUCUGACGUUUUCUAUUUUUCUGCAAGAGCUUUAUCCAAUCGUGAAAAUAUUACGAAACGUCAAGUAUUGUCUGAAAUUUCAAAGCUGUUUGAUCCUGCAGGUGCUUCUAGACAAAUGGCGAAAGAAUUCCUUAUAGCAUCUAGAUCUGAACUUACAACCCACUUUACUAUUCAAAAUAUUCAAUGGCAUUUCAUACCACCAGGCUCUCCUCAUAUGGGUGGCCUAUGGGAGGCGGGGGUUAAGAGUUUUAAGUCUCAUUUUCGCAAAAUAGCUGGUCCUUUUAAGUAUACAUUUGAAGAAUUUUCCACUCUUCUCUCGAAAAUUGAAUCCUGUCUGAAUUCGAGGCCAAUUUCUCCAAUGUCCGAAGAUCCAAUAGACCUUAAUGCUUUAACUCCAGGACAUUUUCUAAUUGGCAGUCCUCUCCUUGCGCCUCCCGAUCCUAAAAUUGAAAAUCAGCCAAUUUCCAUUGUAAACCGUUGGCAACGAUUACGAGCGAUACAGCAACAGUUUUGUCAACGUUGGAAAACUGAAUACCUUAAGGAGCUUCACAAAAGAAACAAAUGGAAAAUACCACAGCGAAAUAUUUCUCUUGGGGAUAUGGUAGCUAUUAAGGAUGAUAAUAUUUCUGUUAAUGAAUGGCGGUAA